GCCCAAUCCACGAGGUUGUAAAAAGGGUUACGAGGUAAAGAAAAAGGUUGCACUUGGGCUCUGACAUCACCCCCUCACCAACCACGCAAGGAGCAUCAAAAGUGAUGUGUGUUCCGUCACUUCCGUUCCCCGCCCCGCACAGCAAACGAGAGUUCCAUUACCUCCAAAGAGCUGUGAGAUUAGAGAACAACAACAGCAACAGUUCAAUCCUUUGCCCUUUGGGGUGCUACCGCACAGUAGGCAGUGCAUUCCAUUAUCGUUCGGUUGCUUGCUUUCCAUUGAUACUUUCCGCGUUGCUGCAAUCCUUGGUUUGGAGCGGCACGCUCUCGCGGAAGUGUUCGAGGCAAUACAUCCCUUGAUUCGAUUCUUUUAGGGCAGCAGUUGCCGGUAUACCAACAUGAGAUUCCGGUGGGACGCAAUUCUGGUGUUGGCUGCUCCCGUUGUUGGCUCAUUCAUCCCAAGUGUCAAGACGUGUGCUAGCCAUUAUUCAUCCCCGUCUGCCACGCAAUUGGAUGUGGGAGGACUCUUCAAUGCUUUCCGAGGGAACAACAAUAACAAUAACAAUAACGAUGAUAGGAAUCGAAGAAGGAGGAACCAAGAUUACGAUGAUGACUAUGGUUCUUACUACAACGACAACCAACAGCGAGAUGCCUAUCAAGGUGAUCGAGCCACAAGGCGUUACAGCGGCGAACAUGGCCUAGGAGGGACGUCUUCCCCGUAUUAUGGUGUAACUCCAGAUGGUUAUUCGAGCAUGCCACUAAUGACAGGUGGACGAGGUGAUCCAGACGGAGUCGACCCAACAGCCUAUGGCCCUGAUUCCCCUAGUUAUUUGGGUGGCCGAAGUGGCAAUGCCCCGAACAUCAAGAAACUAGCCCCGCAAACGAGAUUCACUACGAGUGCAAGCCCCGCGCCGGACACAAGAAGCAAAAGAGCCUAUGUUCCCAACCUAGAUCCUGACUAUUUCCAGUACCAGGAGCGACCAGAGGAUCUGGACGCGGUAGGCAUGAGUCCUGCUGCCGGUGGUACUUCAGGAUAUGCUUCAUCGAAUCAGGGAGGCAACAAUCUCUCGGGCACGUCUGUUCCGAGACAAACUGAGCGUGAUACCGACAGAACUCCAGUCGGUGGAGCUGCAGGUACCAGCAGCCGCUCCUAUCCCGAAAGAAGUUCCGACAGCGGAAAUAAGGGUAGUGGGGCUGAAGAAAACCGCAUAUCGGGUCCGGGGGGGAGCAGAAUUCCUGGCCCCAUCGGAAGCAGAAUUCCUGGCCCCAUCAGAAGCAGCCCAAAGAGCGAAAACAGGCCUGACAUGAUCAGUACUAGGGAUGUUCCCGCCAUGAACCGAGGUGGCAAUACAGAAUCCAGAAGUCCCUACCCCCGUAGUGAAGAUGACAUCAGUGAUGGUCCCAACCCUUACAAUUCACCCGAUGAAAGGAGUUUCAGGUCGGAAGAAGAUGAUUACUAUACCACAGAGGAACCACCAGCGGACGACGAGGAUGACUUCACCAGAGGUGAUCCUGCAGAAAUCAAUGGUGGUUAUUCGCCUGGCGACUAUGGCUUUGGUAGCAUCAACGGCGAAGAUGAUGACUAUCCGCUGCCGGCACCCUACGUGGACGGCCGAUGGGACACCAACGACCGGACAGUUCUCUCGCUGAUGGAAGCUCUCAAAAAGGUACAGACUCUGGCACAAGACAACAAAACCCUGAGGCGUGAACUGCAAGUCGCCCGAGGAGUCGAAGAGGACUUGAUACUCGGACAGGAACGGUUGGAACGAGAGGUUUCCUCACUCCAAAACCAGUUGAUUCAAUUGCAGAAUCGUUUCAGGACAUCGGAGUACGAACGACAGGCCCUGCAGGAGCGAUUGAACAUGCUCAUACAAGAGCGGGAUGACACGCGCGUUAACUACCGGCAAAACUUGAGUAUCGACAAUCGAUUGUACCAAGCGGAGAAACGACUGAGAGCUCAACGAAUCUAUGUGAAUGAACCACCUGGAGCUGAGGGUGGGAAUCCGCCGUAGUCCGGUAGUGAGAAACUUGUGGAGUUUAGAACCUAAGUUAGAUAUACACACUACUAGAUAGCCUCUGCCCAGCAGUUGCGGUACGGUACUACCGGUAACAUGUAAAAACAUAACAGAACUGGUAGUUCAUUACAAAAAUGAGCGCUGAGUGAUUUGUCAUCCACUGUAAUGGCCACGGCUAGUAGAGCUUCG